AGGGGAGUGAGAGGAAGGUGGAGGUGGAGAUUUGCCACUCGGACUAAGAGCAUUAGAGUGCAUUUGGUUGUGACAUUAGCAGCACGCGCUGUCAGAGUCAUAUGCGCUACUAGGGCAGUUCGGACCGGUUCAAGGCAGAAGCGCGCGCCCGCUCACUCUGUUCUCUGCAGCUGACAGGAAGGUGAACGCGCCGCCGCCGCUGAGGGGAAACUCGAGCUGAUUUUACUCCGUGACAUUUCGGUUUAGUGCUUCACUUUGACCUGGUAAUUCAUUAUAAAGUCACCCGUGUCGGCUCCCAGUCGUGUCGCUACUGUUUUGAAACGUUUUUCUCCGUUUUCCGAAUCGAGAAGCUAAUACAGAUCUUUUCCUUAUUCCAUUGAAUGUUGAUGGAGUUCCUGCAGGGCAGCGGUGACUACUGCCACGCCCAACAUUAUCAGUUCUGAACCCAGGUGACACUGUGCUGUUUCAUCCUGCUGAACUCCCUCACUGCCUGGAUACCUGUUGACUCCUGAUUUCACCAAACACCAGAUGGGUUAAAGUGAACUGUGGCUCAGGGCUCUUGGACAGUGCUCCACCCUGCUCCAGCCCAUGUCUGAUUCUACAAACAUUUCAGAAAAACAGGCAACUCGUUUCAUUUGUACCGAUAGAUACUGUAGCAGGAACCUCCUGUGUGACAGUAGAGUAAGCGUAGCACUGUCAGUCAAAGAGAGAGUGUACCGCUGCUAGUGGGUGUGUUUUACCCACAUAUGGUGUGGCCGGCUCUCAGACAUGGCCAGGAUGAACCGACCGGCCCCUGUUGAAGUCAGCUACAAAAACAUGCGCUUUCUGAUCACACACAAUCCAACCAAUGCCACUCUGAGCUCCUUCAUAGAGGAUCUGAAGAAGUAUGGUGCAACCACAGUGGUGCGAGUGUGUGAAGUAACAUAUGACAAGACACCACUGGAGAAUGAUGGCAUCACAGUCAUGGACUGGCCAUUUGAUGAUGGAGCUCCUCCUCCCACAAAGAUUGUGGAUGACUGGCUUUCACUGCUAAAGCAUAAGUUUUGUGAGGACCCUGGCAGCUGUGUGGCUGUGCACUGCGUAGCUGGACUUGGUCGAGCUCCAGUUCUGGUGGCCUUGGCACUGAUAGAAAGUGGAAUGAAGUAUGAAGAUGCCAUUCAAUUCAUCAGACAAAAACGUCGGGGUGCCAUAAACAGCAAGCAGCUGACCUAUCUAGAGAAGUACAGGCCUAAGCAGAGACUGCGCUUUAAAGAUCCACACAACCACAAGAACAAGUGCUGCCUCAUGUGAGCGAGUCUCUGCUCAUCUGCCACUGAAGGAAUUAAUUAACAGGUUAAACAGGACUAAUGCCACAAACCCAAUGCAUUUGGAUUUAGCUUUUAUUAUAUGGGAGGACUUGACCCAUCCUUAAUCUGUGUGAGACCCCUAAGUGUAAGGGUUUCGUGAACUCAGGGCUGAGAAAGACAAGCCUCUUGCUAUAUGUCUUGAUCCUAAGUGUCUCACAAAUGGUGUUACAGUACAUAUAUAUUUACACAGACUCACACACACACACACACACACACACACAGACACUCACAUGCACACACAAUACAUGCAGUAUAUAAACAACCAGCAAGAUCGGCAGCACACACUCCAAAGAUAAUCUACUGCUCCUUUUGGCAGGAAAACAUAUUACUAACUUUUUGAACAAAAUCGCUUGUUUAUAUGUUAUUAAUCAUGUACAGUUUUCCUAUUUCUAUCUCAUUUAUGUAAUUUUAUUUCAAGGCUUGGCUUUCUAGUCCCACUUUUCUGAACAUCACAAAUGGAUUUGGCAGAGACUGCUUUCUUUGUGGUGGGUGGUGGCUUUUUUUUUUUUUUUAAUAGAGCUAUAUUUUACAUUAUGAUGUGAACUUCUCUGGGAUUAGAACACUGCACCAUUAGGACUGUGUAUGAGAGUGAGUUGGAUAGAUAAUAAGAAGCACACUUUUUGGGUUGUUUACAUUAGAACACCUUUGUUAAAAUUAGGCCAGAAGAGAUUUAUAACAAGCUUGUUUGUCAAACGUUUAAGACCUCCAGUUCAACCCUGCUUCUGGCUUACCGUGUUUUUUUUUUUUUUGGGUGUUUGUUUUUUUUAUUUAAAAGUAAUUUACAAGAAGUGUCUUCAACAUACUGCUCUAUUAAUUCUGCUGCCAUGGACAUAGGAAGCAAAUAAAUCCAGAAAUAAGAAGAAAAAAAACUUUAGGGCUGAAUGAUCCAGGUACUGAGAUACUUCCGGUUCUGAACAUAAGAUUAAAAAAAAUGAAUACAUUUUUCUGUCUUCUAAACCACAAGCACAUCCAAUUUUGUUCACGGUCUAUGAAAUUGAAGUAAUAAAGUAAUUUUUUUAAAAA